CUGUUAUAUCACAGUCGCGAAAGAUCGAAUCUGAUAUUGCGUGGUAAACACGAGGGUUCUUCGGUGUGGCCCCUUUUGCAUUACAGAACGCUCGAAGCUGAAGCGAAUUUGUAGACAGAGGAUUCUAUAAGUUACCGUAGUGAGCUGGAUAUCAUUAUAUGUGAGACGGGACUGAGACCGCUGCUGAGUGGUACACGACGUGAAAGUACACGACUGUUGGUUCUAGUAUCAACUUAUCCUAGUUUAUAACAGUAGUAAGUGUCUAUAAAUACCUGAAGUACCACUAGUAGCUGAUGAAACGAGGCUCGCUAUUUAACAUCCUUGACUGCUAUAGAAUUCUGGUUCCGCCACAGAGUUUACAUAUCAGUAUGAUCAAUUGAACAUAACUGAGUUCUCUCGUAUAUUCUUAUUUCAUCUCAUACAUUAAUUCAGAUUAUCAAAUGGAGAGGCAGCUGUCUGCUUUACUUCAAAUUCCGCCCCCAACAUAUGGGAAGCUAAUUACGAUUCUCAGUAUUGAUGGAGGUGGUAUUAGAGGACUCAUUCCUGCCUGCAUUCUUGAGUUUCUUGAGUCGCAACUACAGAAGCUAGAUGGUGAAAAAGUAAGACUUGCAGACUAUUUUGAUGUCAUUGGAGGCACUAGCACCGGCGGCCUCAUGACAGCGAUGCUAACGGUUCCAGAUGAAAAAAAUCAUCGGCCUCUUUUUGCUGCCAAAGAUAUUAAACCAUUUUAUCUUGAACACUGCCCGAAAAUAUUCCCACAGGAGAACUGCAGGGGCUUGUUUGGUUUGAUGAGGAAAUUCUGCAAAGUAUUUUGGGGUCCUAAGUAUGACGGGAAAUACCUUCGUGAUGUUCUGACAGAAAAGUUGCGAGACAGUAGGCUAGAUGAGACACUGACAAAUGUGGUUAUUCCAACUUUCGACAUCAAGCAUCUGCAGCCCAAAAUCUUUUCUACUUAUGAGGCUAAGAAAUACCCCUGUUUUAAUGCUCGACUAUCUGAUAUAUGCAUUAGCACCUCAGCAGCUCCGACAUACCUUCCUGCAUAUAGAUUCAAGAACUGUGAUCGUGAAUUCAAUCUUAUAGACGGUGGUGUUGCAGCCAAUAACCCCACAUUGGUGGCAUUGAGUGAAGUGACGAAACAGAUAUUUGAAAACAAUUCCGAUUUCUUGCCAAUAAAGGCCACGGAUUAUGGUAGGUUUCUGAUCAUUUCAGUAGGCACAGGCUCCCCAGAGAUUGAACAGAAGUAUGAUGCAAUAUGCGCAGCCAAAUGGGGUGCCUUGGGAUGGUUUAUCCAUCAAGGUUCGAAUCCAUUAGUCGAGGUUUUUACUCAAGCUAGCGGAGAUAUGGUUGAUUACCAUCUUUCAGUAGUUACUCAAGCUCUUCACUGUGAAAGAAACUAUCUCCGAAUCCAGGAGGACUCGUUAACAGGGAUAGACUUGUCAAUAGAUGCAUCGACAGAAGAGAACUUGGAAAAGCUAGUUGGAAUUGGCGAAAAGUUGUUAAAGAAACCAGUUUCCAGAAUUAAUUUGGAUACUGGUGUAUAUGAACAAGUAGAUAAUGGUGGCACAAAUGAAGAAGCCUUAAUAAGGUUUGCAAAACUUUUAUCAGAGGAAAGGAGAUUAAGAGAGCUAAAAUCUCCUCGCGGAACCAACAAAGCCUGGAAGGCACAAGAUAGUCCUGUACUGUUUUAAAAUCUCCUAGCUGCACUUGUGUAUCGCUUAUUGUUUAAAAAAAAUCGAUUGAAAUAAAUCACAAAACGAAUAACACAGACUAUUGCUUUAA